GAACACAAAUCAAAAUGCUCUUGCCUGUCUGAAAUUGAGCGUGACGUUCUUUACUGCUUAAAUAUUGGAAGAGAGCUGUACGUUAGUCAUAUAUCUGGACGAGAUGAUAACGAUAACCUGUGUAUGAAUGAUAAGAGGGCUUUUAAGUCCACAACUCCUACCUGUCAUCAAUUUAACAAAUCAAUUCUAUGUCCUUCGUCGAUUCGCCUCUUAGUUGGUUUUUCAGGAGGUGAGAUCCAAGUCCUUGAUGCCCUUCGCAAAGACUUCUGUAAAUUCUUCAAUGAAGACAAAACAAUUGAUAAGACUGCGGUAAAUUGCCUGAGGUGGAUUCCUGAUUCUCCUCAUCACUUUAUUGUUGGUCAUGCCAGUGGAAACAUGUACCUCUACGGUGAGGAUCUUCCGAACGGAAAUGCCCCUCCAUCCUACACUCAAUUUAAAAAGGGUGCAGGGUUCGUUAUUUAUACAUGUAAAACCAAGUCAACACGCAAUCCUUUGUACAGAUGGCAUUUAACCAGUAAUUCGUCAACUGGAACAGUAAGUGCUGCUAGCCUCGAUCUGCCUGUAUUUGGAUCUAGGCUAACACAAGAGGAUCUAAUUAAUGGAGACUCUCUAAGCCAUAAGCAUGCAUUCUAUGAAUAUUCUAUGUCAGCUGCUUGCGCUGCGAUCAAUGAGUUUUCUUUUUCUCCCUGUGGUCAAUAUUUGUCAGUUGUAACUCAGGACGGCUACAUGCGUGUUUUUAAUUACCAUAAGAUGGAACUUUACGGUUUCAUGAAAUCAUAUUUUGGUGGAUUGUUUUGUGUUGAUUGGUCUCCAGAUGGAAGCUUCAUUGCAGUUGGAGGUCAAGAUGAUUUAAUCACUAUAUGGUCCUUUGUUGACCGUGCUGUCAUCUGCCGUGGUCAAGGACAUCGUUCGUGGAUCACCGCUGUCCGAUUUGAUCCUUUCUUGUGUCCAACUUCUCUACCUCGUGAUAAGAAAUAUCCGAAAAUUGAGGCUUUGGACCUCAGAAGUACGGCAGAAAUUUGUGAAAAAGUAAACGAAGGAGGUUAUCUCACCUAUAAUACCAGAUUCCGAAUGCAUUCACAAUCACGCCUCAAUAAUGGCCUAGGAAUAUCUGACAAUCAACAAGGUGCCUCAAAUCAUCAAGAUCGAUCUAAUAACCUGGAUCUAAACUGCAAAUUGCCCGCCACUUUUAAGCCGCAAGAGCAACGAGAUGCGAUCGUAUCAAGUAAUCCUGUUUCGCUAAGGUCUCUUCAAUCAAGCAGCUCUGGUAUGCGGACCUAUCGGUGA